AAAAAUACCAGAACGCGUGACAGCUGCUCUGCCGCAAAAUUGCAACGCGUCAGCUUUUUAAAUGAACAGCAUUUCAAUAUAAAUUAAUAAUUAAUUGGCAACCAGGUGGAACGGAACUCUGUUGACUAGAACACCCGCCAUGGAAUCCCUGUACCAUCAGACGAACAACACGGUCAAGGAAAUCGAGCAUGCCUUUCAGCGACUCGGACAGAUUAGUACACAGGAGGCGCUUGACGUGGAAAAUGCAAUUCAAUUGAAAAUAACACAAGCCAAUUCCAAUUGCGACCGCUUGGAUGUGCUGCUCUUCAAGGUGCCGCCCUCGCAACGCCAGAGCUCGAAGCUUCGCGUGGAUCAGCUCAAGUACGACCUGAGACACUUGCAGACAUCGCUGCAGCAUGCCAAGGACCGCCGGCACCGCCGUGAGCAGGAGAUCUCGGAGCGGGAGCAGUUGCUAAACCAUCGGUUCAGUGCCAACAGCACCCAACCGGACGAGACGUGCCUCCAGCUGGACUACGAACUGCAGCACCAUACGCAGCUGGGCGGCGCUCACAGGGGAGUGGACGACAUGAUCUCCUCUGGCAGUGGCAUACUCGAGAGUCUCAUAUCGCAGCGCAUGACGCUGGGCGGAGCCCACAAGCGCAUCCAGGCGAUUGGCAGCACUCUGGGUCUGUCGAAUCAUACAAUGAAGCUGAUAGAGCGACGGCUGGUGGAGGAUCGGAAGAUAUUUCUGGGGGGAAUGCUGGUCACGUUACUGGUCAUCGGGCUGAUUAUAUACUUCUUAGUGCUGUAGUGUAAGGGAAGAAGAAGCAUUCACAUUCGUUGAGUUUAAAUUAAAUGUACUCUAUUUUGUAAAUGGUAAAUGC